ACUUUAUGGGAUCUUGCUAUAGCUGAAGUGGAGAAGAGAGAAAACCCUGAUGAUGAUGGCAAGCAUGUGGAAGUUUGGGAAAAGUCAAUAUUAUUUAUGGGAAGCAAAAAUGGGGGAAAGACCACUAUCAUACUAAGGUGUCUUGAGAGGGAAGAGAUCCCAAAGCCAACAUUAGCCUUGGAAUAUACUUUUGGAAGAAGGGCAAGAAGACACAAUACACCUAAAGAUAUAGCUCAUUUUUGGGAACUAGGUGGUGGAACCUCUUUACUGGAACUGAUUCGAAUACCAAUCACUAGCAACAACAUAAGGUCAUUUGCUGUAGUUCUUGUAUUGGAUUUGUCCAAACCUAACGAACUCUGGACUACUAUGGAGAAACUUCUGCAGGUCACAAGGAUCCACGUGCACAAAAUUUUAACCAAACUAGAACAGACAAAUCCUGAAGUAGCUACUGAAAUUAAACAGAGGAUGCAGAACAAUCUGCAGAGGGAUCAUCCAGAUUAUGAGUUAGUUGAUCCUUUUCCAGUACCCUUGGUGAUAAUAGGAAGCAAAUAUGAUAUUUUUCAUGAGUUUGACUCAGAAAUGAGGAAAAUAAUAAGCAAGACACUUCGAUUUGUUUCACAUUAUUACGGAGCAUCAUUAGUGUUUACCAGUAAAUCUGAGGCUCUCCUGCUGAAAGUCCGUGUUCUUAUUAAUCAUUUGGCAUUUGGCUAUGAUAAAAGCAAGUCUGUAUCAGUGGAUCACAGCAAACCUCUAUUUAUACCAGCAGGCCUGGAUUCGCUGAGCCAAAUAGGACCACCACCUGCCUCUGAUAGUGACAUUGGAAAGAUGCGUGCAAACACACCUUUGGAACUGUGGAAAAAAGUAUUUGAGAAAACAUUUCCUCCCAAGAGUUUCUGUGAUUUACAAGAUACCAAGGACCCUGCACAGGAUUCCCAAUACGCCGAGUAUGAAGUCGAUGUUAUGAGAGCUCAGAAAAACCAGGAGCUUGAACAAUACAAAAGAAAUGCCUCUAAAUCGUGGAAAGAAAUGGAUUUUGACCCUGACUGA